UAAACUUGAGGGAGUCCCUAAUUUCCAUUCUCUUCUCUGAAUUCCACUGUUUGCUAAAGCAUUAAAAAAGAUUAUUUGUUAUUUGAAGUAACGUUGAUGCCAUCUACAUAAUUUGGACGUCGUUGUUCUAAUAGCGUAAUAAAAAAUGAAAAAGGUCAAAGAAAAGUUGGAAUAAAAUCCUCCAUUCUUUACAUGCCACACAUUGGAAGCCACGGUCACAAGAUAUCCCAAUUUAUCGGCAUAGAAAUUUUUUGACCUUUUUGGGGAUUGUGGCUUGUAAUGGCGUAGAGGAUAACGAAACUGAAUUGUGGGUCACAUCCGGACGUGUGGAAACAAAACGGUGAUGCAGUACUCUUCGCGUCACCCAGUUUUAGAGAGAUUGAUCAGUGUAUCACGUCAAGCCUCCCAAGUUGUAUGCGGGAGUUUGGCAGCAGUUUCCCAAGACUAACACACACGCGAAUGGUACGUCAGACUUUACGUAUGACUAAAGCUAAAGAUAUUACACAUUUCGUUGAUUUUCGGCGGUACAAACGGAUUGUGUUCAAAUCCAGGGAAGAUUAAAAAAAUGUGCCAUUCUGUGUCCCACACAUUUUUCCUCGUCUUGAUAACAUUAUGGAUGUUUGUGUCCGGCACAGUAGCGGCCAUCCAUUCUAAAACACCGCUGACGAAAUGUUGUUUCAAUCAUCAAGCUUACAUGGCCGAAUUGGACGUCUGUCGUGACUGGAAAGGAACUGUAACCCAUUCAAAAUUAUCCGAAGCCCCACCCGUUUACUCCGUAGGAAGAAGUUAUGAACCGGCUCCUGUUCACGUUGGAACUGACAGCUUUCAAAUGACUCAUCAGUUGAAACGUUGCCCUGUUGGAUACGUCGGAAUGAGUAGCCCAGAUUUCAAAUUCUAUGAGGACGGUUCCAUUUUUAGUCUGGCGGAACACUUGACUUACCUAGCCAGCGAAUUUUGCAUACAAGAAACGUUUCCUUCCGGGCGGCUGGUGGCUCGCUAUUGCGUCAAAGAUCCAUGCAAUCGCACAGACGUUUGCAUACGAAAAUGCUGCCCAAAUUACACCGCAUUCGAUAUUUCUUCGACGCGUUGCAUUAACCAUUCGAGCAAUUUUAACGUGACCCUGUACAAUAGCACAGGAUAUCCUCUCCACAUCAAAACUGAAAAUCUUUUCAUUCGAGAUGGAGUAGCUCCGCAAUGCCGGGAUGGUUACAAGCACAAACUGCUGGAUACAAGUGAUUAUAUAAUACAACCCAAUGGUUUACUGGACUUUUUUUCAACUUAUCGUUGCUCCGGAGCCCCCAAAAACGAUGGCCUCAUCACUGACGAAUAUUGUAUAGAUCAUUUCGUGGAUGUCGAUGGAACAUCUGGUGAACACGCCCUGGUCUGCGUUAAAGAUGAAACAAAUUCGGCAUAUCCAAUCUUCUUGUUCAUCUCGUCAUUCUUUUUGGUCGCCACAUUUGCUGUCUACGCCCUAAUACCUGAAAUUCGAAAUAUCCACGGUGUGGUCAUCAUGUGCUAUGUUGUAUCUCGGGCUGGUGCCUACCUGAUUUUCGGCACUCUACAACUAGUAGGCACAACUAGAUCGACAAUUGCUUGUAGAGCAAUGGCCAUUCUCAUUCACUUCUCUUACAUUUCUACCUACACCUGGCUGAAUGUCGUUUGUUUCGACAUCUGGUGGACUCUAAGAUCCAUGCAACCGUGCAGUUCCGUCAACCAGGCGAUUCGUCAAAAUCAGCUGGGCAAACCCUUUGUUGCUUAUUCGCUCUAUUCGUGGGGACUGGCUGCAAUCAUCGUCAUAAUUGGACAGGUCCUGGAUUAUUACAAAAUUUCGGCAUCAGAAUCGAUCAUCAGACCAGAAUUUGGCGAGGACGCUUGCUGGUUUUCGAGUUAUGGAGCCAUGUUCGCUUACGUGUACGGUCCGGUUUGCAUCUUGAUACUUGUCGACAUCAUCUUUUUCGUUUUGACAAGCGUCCUCCUUCGUCGAGCUGGAAUCGGCGCAGGCAAUCGCCACGCCCGCGAGAAAUACCGUUUGCGUGUCAUUUUCGGUCUGUUUGUUCUGAAAAUCGUCUCUUGGCUGGCCGAGUUUAUCGCUUACACAAUCGGCUGUCUAAACGAGGCAGCGUACGCCAUCGACGUCAUCGAAACGCUAUCCAGCGUCUUGACUUUUGCCAUUUUCGUCUGUAAACCAAACGUUUGGCGUUUGUUUAAACAGAAAUGUCCAUGCCUGGAACGAUUGGAACGCAUUCUACCCCAGAGCGCAAACGCAAACAAUCGGUGCAGUACCGUGCCGACCCUUUCGACUAACGUCAGUUCCAGGGACCUCCUCCACACCGAUUUAAUUAAAAGCAUAUCAUCACGAUCGCGUAAAUAGAAUGAAGAACCUUUUUCAAUUUGUCCGACAUCCAUAAGGUAAAAAAAAAGAAAGUGUCAAACUUGAAAAAAUAUAAUCGAUCUGAAAAACCCCA